GCACCAUCAGCCUUUAAUCCACCGCCACUCCAUCGCGCCCCCUUCCACCACCCCCCCUGGGCGACCAUUCGACACCGCACGCAUCACAUCGCAUCACAACGUUGACAGGGCACUGGCGCAGCUCGACAAAAACAUUCAUCGAGGAGCGCGGUUCGCCUUUCCCAACAAGACUCCAACGCGAAAUCCGACUUCCGCUUCUUCUUCCUCUCCACCGAAAUCCCCCCCCGGCUGCAGGCAUCGCGGCCGUCCACGCCCCUGCCAUCGCCGAACAAACCCUGCAGGCACCAAUCUCGCCUUUCCCCUGGGAGAUUUGAUGCCACUGCACCCUCUCCAUCUGAGCCGCGACUCACCUCUUGCAACGUGCCGUGUGCGCAGUUCCAUUUCGGUCGCCCUCUCCCCCUUCCUUUUGCCGCUGCGGAGCACCCCCCCAGCGCCAUUGGAUCCUCCUGCUUCACUCUGUGCGGCCACGGACACUCUGCCUCGCCUCGAGCUGGCGUCUUAUUACCGCUCGACGCUUCUCCGGCGAACAAGGAUCGACGGGUCGACGCAAUCUCGUCUGACGACUCUCUGAUCUCGCGCGCUUUCGACUUUGUCACGGGAAGGCUCUCACACGCGUGUUCUCGCGUAUCGACAACCGCUCCGCCGCACCCAAGCUUCCACGUUCGUACGCGACUGGCCCAGGCACAAAAAAAUCACUUUCGAUUUUAUGAUAUUUCGACGCGAUUGAGGGCACUCGUCACGGCCCUGCCGCUCCAAGGCCUCUGCUUCCCCGUGGAGCCGUCGCGCCAAACAGCAUCAACAUUUAUUUCUAAGUGCCUUUAGUGCACUCGCUCUUCACCAUGGACGCUCGGCCUUUCCGACCCCGUGGGUCAGAGAACAUAGUUCCUUCCAUACACCAUCGGCAUAGGUCGACUGGAAACCUCACUUCGGUGCCUGCACCCAGUACCGGCUUCCGAGGACCCGCCAAGCGCGCUGCCUUUGGCGACGUGACCAACUUGGCCAAGAACACCGCGGGCAUUCGAGACGACGUCAAAGCGCCCAAAGCUCAGUCCGUGGUGCUGCCUCCUCGUCACUCGCAUCCCGUGGCCGUGCUGAAUAAGGAGAAUAUCCCGUACAACGGCAAGGAAGCCUUUUCGCGCCCUGCACAACGAAACGCAGUCUUGGCGAGCAAACCCAAGCCCAUCGCUGAUGCCCGGCCGCCCGAGGCGGCAAAGCGGCCCGUGACGUCCGCCGCUGCCCUCGAGACACGCGACUAUUACCACGGCCAGGACGACCCAGCCGUUCCACAACAGAAAAGUCUGGCCGGGCCCGACAAAGCGGCCGACCUCUUGAUUUCCCAGGCGCUCAACGAGGGCUUGCCCUUGCAGCCACGACACCACAAAAGCCAGCCGCAGUUGAAACAGCAACAGCCUACGCUACGCAGGACUCAAAGCAAGCAGCUUGAGCGGGUAGACGUGGCGGCCACUGAUCGGGCAGCGAAUGGGAGCGUCGACGAGAUAGGCACUCUCUCCCGCCCGGGCGACCGCCCCUCUGCCUAUCCUGCACUGCCCUACUCUGCCGGCCCCUACGACCCUUUGCCGGAGCCGAGUCGCCACGAGGCUUACGCCGACGUGCACGUUAGGCUGCCCGAAAUCUCAGAGGAGCCCUAUCAAUCGGCGGUCUCGUACCGCGAGGGCCAGACGCCCGGUCUUUCGGAGCCUGAGGAGUGGGACGAGGAAGACGACGAGGACUACGACGACCAGGACCAGGCAUACACGACCGCACACUCGUUUCGGUCGCGCGACCUGACCACGGGCGGCGUUACAACACUUCUCGCUCCCCGUGUCACCUCUCGUGUGCAGCGGGAGCUCGAAGAGGCCAAGAUGGAGGUUGAGCGAACCCGCCCCGCCGAGGACAUCGAGGACGAGAUGUGGGACAUUAGUAUGGUAGCCGAGUACGGCGAUGAGAUUUUCGAGUAUUUCCGCGAGCUCGAGAUUAAACUGCUCCCGAACCCUCACUACAUGGAGAUUCAGACCGAGGUCCAGUGGUCCAUGCGAUCGGUGCUGAUGGACUGGCUGGUGCAGGUGCACAACCGGUUUAGCCUGCUGCCUGAGACGCUGUACCUCACGGUCAACUACAUCGAUAGGUUUCUCUCCAACAAAGUCGUCUCCAUUGGCAAGCUGCAGCUGGUCGGAGCGACGGCGAUCCUGGUGGCAUCCAAGUAUGAGGAGAUCAACUGCCCCUCGCUGGAGGAGAUUGUCUAUAUGGUAGACGGCGGCUACAGCGUGGAGGAGAUCCUCAAGGCUGAGCGGUUCAUGCUCAGCAUGCUUGGCUUCGAGCUCGGAUGGCCGGGACCUAUGAGCUUCCUGCGGCGCGUCAGCAAGGCGGACGACUACGACCUGGACACGCGUACGCUGGCAAAGUACUUUCUUGAGUUGACCAUUAUGGACGAGCGCUUUGUCGCCUCGCCGCCCAGUUUCCUGGCGGCCGGGGCCCACUGCCUGUCAAGACUGAUUCUGAAUAAGGGUGAAUGGACAAAGCAGCAUGUGCACUACUCGGGAUACACGUGGGUGCAAGUCAAGCCGCUCGUGGCCAUGAUGAUUGAGUGUUGCGAGAACCCCCGCCUGCACCACUCGGCCGUGUACGAGAAGUACAAGGACAGACGAUUCAAGGAGGCGUCGACGGUUGUGCAGCGUGCCCUGGACGCGGGCUUCAAGCUGCCACACCACAGCAUCCCCAUCCGCACCAGCCGAUCGCGACCGGUUCAUGUCGAGCAGCAUACUUCUGAGCGCGCUUCUUACACUAAUGGGCUCCUGGUGUCCACGGAAGGAUAGUUUGGAGCCAACGCACUUGCACGUCGUGCCAUUUUGGAAGAGUACUGCGGCCAACCUGAGCAAGGCCGCCGCUUUGCAACAACAAUCAACUCUUGCUGGCCCUCUACUGGUGUACGGUGGAUGAAACGGGUAAACCCGAAGGCAUAAUGGUAAUACGUCGAGUCGACGGUGGCAUCAUCUCCCGCGCGGCGGUCCAAGACAAUGGUCUUGGCACGUCGCAAAACAUUACAUCUUAACGACAUUCAUGAACUAUUUCCACAUCUUUUUUGCAAGCGAGCGUUUCCGGCGGACGGAACCGCGCGCUCAUAUCUGGCGUUUAUGGACAUGGUGGUUUAGAGGCGGGGGGAGCUCUGGAAAGAAGCUCGCUCUCUGGGGGUACGCUGGGACGGGAAAGAGUAGCGUUCCUGCAGAGGGAGGUGGGCGUGUGUCGGCGUCAAGAGGCAUGAGAUGGAUGGGGGGGGGGGAGAGAGUGAGAGAGGGAGGAGGGACCGAGAUGGCAGCCGAGCAUGC